AUGUUGGCCGCACGCAGGUCAUUUGUAAAGAUCUGGCUCAGCAACGCUGCUGUCGCCUUUGAGGAGAAGAAGAUCGACUUUCGGACACGCUCGGCGCACCUCGAAGGCUUCUUCCGCCUCCCUUACUACGAUGACCUCACCCGCGAGCUCAUUCUGAACGUUAGCUUACUUCCGAAUGCCUUUGUCCAUGAUGUCUUGGAUACCUCCCAAGACCCCGCCGUAGUCCGUCCCAGUCUCUCGCUCCUCCAAGGUCACAUCACCGUUCACAACAGCUUCUUUGCCACCUCGGCUGAACCCAUUCACUCGAACGAAGACAAGGCAGAGGAGGAUCCUGAGCCUAAGUUGCCCGUCCGCGAUUGGGGAAAGUACUAUAGCAAAGUGCUUCCCAUUCUUCAGUCGUCCGGCUUUGGCAAGACCCGGAUGUGUGUGCAACUGAGCACCGUCAGUCCUGGUAUGCUCAUUUGCCUUCGCCACAAGACCCGAGCUGGCGACAAACAACACCGAGAGUCCUUUCCGCCCCAAGACAGCCACGUCAGCGAUGCGAUGGAGGAGGACUCUAUUGCAUCAUCCAGCGCGGACUUGGAAUCUGAAUCGAGGAGCCCAAACUCUGCCUUUGCCGCAACAGGCACAAUGGAUGAGACAUCUGCACUGUGGCGAUGGGCCGACCGCGCCUGGCUCAACUUCAAGCAUAUUGUUCGGUUGGAAGAUCAGGUGAAUGCGCAGAAAGUCUUGAACACAGAAGAGCUCGUCCAGCUCUGGUUCCGACAGGCUGCGGCACAAGACAUCUCAAACCAACCUGGUUGGGACUUGCUCAUCCCUGUCUACGAAUCGAACACCAGCGAAGCGCCCGGCGAUGCCGAGAUGUUUGACAAGGCGAAGCUGUCGUACAUUGCCAUUCAGGUCAAGAAUUGCAUCAAGCGGCCGAGCAAGGCGGUGAGGAAUGGGCAUCACGAUCAGCAGCAAGGUCACAUGUACUCACAGCGACAGCACCCGCAACCAAAGACGGACACACCUCUAACGCAAGCAGACCAGCGAGCACGUCAGCUGCUGCGUCACCACCUCUACAUCGCGGGGCAAGAUGGCGGAACGUUUCCGCAGCUCAAUUGGCUCCUCAGUCCGGCCAAGGAGCAGGUGGCAUUGCUCUUUGACUGUACUGUCUCGGUUGAAACGGUUGAGUUUGACCAGAUGCAGGCGAGAUAUGUGCGCGACCAGAAGAGUCAGAGCGAGCAAGAUACAUGGGACGAGGCACAGGUGCGGAUCCAUGGCGCCCUUGUCAUCUCUGGCUGCCUCAGUGCCGCCUCGCUCGACCCCAACGUGAUUGAUUGA